GACGCAUCAUAGUUCGACCCGCCGCGUGCUUGUCUGCAGUCAAUCCCUUACUUGCUUUCCUCUGUCGUGUAUUUCAUCUCAUCUAAAGCAUAGCCAUGUAUCGUCAAGCCGUGCGGUCGACGCCGCGCGCGGCGAGCGCACUCCGUCACUCCUGCCUCCGCUCCGCAGGCGGCCGCCGGUUCGCGUCCACCGCACCCACCGACAAGCCGAGGACGUGGAAAAGCACCAUGGUGCGCUGGGGACUGGCUGCCGCGGCCGUCUACUACUACAACACCAGCCCUAUCUUCGCCGAAGAACCCCAACCCCCUCAUACCGUACCCGCGCCGCCCCAGUUCCCCGAGUCCGACUUGAAGACCGUCGACACUGUGAUCGAGGAGAAGAGACAAAAAAAGCCCGCCGGUCUCCAGGCCAAGGAGGCCAAGGAACCCGAGCCGACCCCGACUGAAACAUCCGACGACCAUGCCGGCCCCGCGGAGCCGACCGAGACGCGCGAACUACUUGAACCUGGUUCCCCGGAGGCUCUGGAAGAGGAGGCAGGUCAGCAGGGCGCCUUCAACCCCGAGACGGGCGAGAUCAAUUGGGACUGCCCGUGUCUCGGGGGCAUGGCGCAUGGUCCCUGCGGAGAGGAGUUCAAGGCGGCGUUCAGCUGCUUUGUCUACUCCAAGGAAGAGCCCAAGGGGAUGGACUGCAUUGAUAAGUUCCAGGGAAUGCAAGAGUGCUUCAAGAAGUACCCCGAGGUCUACGAUGCCGAGCUAGCGGGUGAGGACGGCGAUGCCGAGAGUGCGGCUGCCGAAAACACGGAUGGUGAUGAUGCUUCGCUGCCCGAGUCUGCGACGGCCAGCUCUUCGACCGGAGAAGAGGCGACGAACGGAGAAGCCCCCGCGACACCCGAGACACAAGACCGCUCCGAGUCAGGCCAGGCCCAGAACACCUUCAAGGACAAGGAGGACCGAGCACCAGACGCCACGGACGUGGUUGUGAAGACGGAGUAAAUUGUCAUGUAGCAUCAAGGCCGGGCGUUUUGGGAAUAGACUUGGAUGGGGAGCUGUAGAUGCAUACAUUGAGCCUGUCCCUUGGGGGAUUUUACAUGUAUUCAUAAUGUAGGUACUAGCCUGCCACCUGUACUAACAAUCUGAUAACGAAUCACCUUUCCCACC